ACCUUCUAAAAUCUGAAAAUGCAACCAUUCAUCAACUAAGAAAUGCUUCCAAAUUUCACCAAAAAAAAAAUCAAACAACUUUCCAAUGUCUUGUACAACAACAUCAACAAUCAAUCCAGAAACCAACACAACAAAUUGUUGGAAUUGGAAAAAAGCAUUAUCAGCUCAAGUUAAGCUCUUUAGAGGUUUUGCCUUUGCUUUCACUCUUGUUUUCACUUUACUCCUUUUACUCUCCUUUUAUCUCUUCUAUCUUCGCCUCCGCCGUCUCCGCCGUACGCCGCCGUGGCCGGUAUCUUCUCCCGCUUCCAACGCUAUAUCCAAUGUUGAGUUAGGGGUGAAGAAAGAACUGAGGGAAAUGCUGCCCGUUAUUGUGUUUAAGGAGAGCUUUUCUGUUACCGAUACAUUAUGUUCGGUAUGUCUUGGGGACUACCAGGCAGAGGAUAGGCUGCAACAGAUACCAGCUUGCAAGCAUGCAUUUCAUGUGGAAUGCAUUGAUAGCUGGCUUUCGACUCACACUACAUGCCCUCUUUGCCGUCUCUCUCUUCUUGCUUCUUCUCCAACUGAACCAAAAGCAAUAACCGAGGCUACAUCUACCAAUGCAGAAAAUAGUACGGGUACAUCUCUGCGGAUUGAAAAUUGUGGCCCGUCUUCAAUAGAUUCCGAGGUUAUCCGAUAGUUGUAUGGCAAGAACUCUCAGAUUAUUUGGACAUGGAGUAACAACCUUUGGUUAAAGUGUAGUUAGUUUAUUGGACUAGCAUUAUAAAGUUGAAGUAAAGCUUUAUCACCA